AUGAGUGGAUGUCAGAUCGACCCUAAUCCAGACAUCAUUGGAAUCGGCAUCCGAAUUUCCAUCUAUAUCCUCAGUCUUGCAAGCCCACUGAUCUCUUUCUUCCUUCAGUCCGCCGAGCUCUCAGGCUCCAUCGAAUCCUCCCUCGGCGUAACUGGGCUUGCGCUCUUCCUCACAACCGUUAUCCAAUCUGCUCUCGGUUGCAUAGCGCUCUUCCACGCCCUCUGCGUCCUCCAUCUGCUUGGUCUCGUGGGCAUCGCCUUUCGUCCAAAGGGCCACUACCCCGCAACCGUCGCGCGCACCACGACCUUUCUUGUCUUGUAUGUGGUUGCUGUCAGCGGCUCGCUCAUAUAUUUCAUCUACGUCUUCGCAAACGCGCCCCACUUUGGAAAUAAGCCCGAGUGCAACCAGGACACCAAGUACGUCCUUUUCGGCGUGGACAUCCAGGCGAUUAAUAUCGUGAUUCGCUGGAUCUUCGUUGCGAUGUUCGCCAUGCUGGAGCUGGGGUUUGUCAUGUGGCUCGUGUGUUUGUCCGGUGCUGCGUGCUGCAUGGCGCUGGACUGUGGCUGUGGGCGCAGCAAUAAUUGCGAUUCGGGACUGGGAACGGACGACGAGUUGUAUGAUGCUGGGUGCGAGCAUCUAUAUGAUAGUAAUGCUGGAAUUGAUGAUCCGGAGGAACGAACUGCUCCCGAGCAUCGCGGACUGGACUUUUGGGCAGGUUCUCGCCAUGACGAUGCUCAUAGGGCCGCUAAUAGAGUUUGCGUCACUGUUGCUGGGCAAACGAGUCCAUGGUUUCGCUUCCCAGCCAGCCCGAAGAACAUCACUGUUCCACCCAGUCUGCUCGAUGAAGAUCCUCCACGAACUUGCCGUCGUGCUUAUCACAGCGCCCGCACCACGAACAUCAGUAAAGACCGUCCCAUUACGCACCUCGCACUGCUCCCCGAAUUCUGUCGCGGACGUCAGGGCAAAAAUGGGAUAGCUCGGCUGAAGGUGGCAUAUGAGGACGAGAAGCUCUCCGCACUUUUCCGUCAUCGGCUUCAGCCCGGUGAAGCUUAUCAUGAAGGAGCGGAUAAUGCGAUUUGCAGCACGAAAUAUGACGAUGCUGGAUGCCAUGAACGCGUGUGA